AUGCUCCGUUCAUCAAACUUGUGCCGAUCGAUAGCGGCAACGCGUGGUAAACAUGCUCUGAGUGGAGACGACUAUCAGUAUCUGGAAAAGUCGGAAAUUCCAUCGUAUCACUUCCAAAAGUCGCUGAGACGUCUACCAAUCCCAAAACUUCCAGAUACCGUCAACAGAUAUCUCGCCUCCUCGAAAGCUGUUCUUUCACCAGACGCUUUCGCAAAAACUGAAGCUGCAAUCAGAUCAUUCGAAACAAAUGAAGGUCCAAAACUGCAAGAAUCACUCCUUGAGUAUGACAAAGCUCAUCGUGACACCAGUUAUAUUUCUGAGCCUUGGUUUGAUAUGUAUUUGAGAGCUAGGGUUCCGGUGGCUGUUAACUACAAUCCAUUCAUGAUGUACGCUCCGGAUCCAGAUCCGAAAUUCAACGACCAGCUCACACGUGCCACAAAUCUAGCUAUUUCCUAUGCAAGAAUCAAGCGAUCACUCGAUGAAAACCUUUUGGGACCAGAGGUUUUCCAUAUGAAUCCAAAGAAGAGUGACACGAAAUUGUUCAGAACUGUUUGCAAAACUCUUCCACCAAGCCUCUCUUGGUUUGGAGCUGUUGCUUUCAAGGCCUUUCCAUUGGAUAUGUCCCAAUACAAGUCUUUAUUCUGUGGAUCCAGAAUUCCGAAAAAAGAGAAAGAUGUUCUUUACCUGGAUUCUACCCAAAAGCACUUUGUUGCUUUCUACAAAGGUGUACCUUAUUCUGUUCGUAUCUUCGACGAUUCUGGAAGUCUCUUGGAACCAGAAGACAUUCAUGCCUCUCUCGCUUGGAUUCUUCAAAACGGAAAGGAAGCCAAACCGGAAGAGAGUGUUGGUUCGUUAACUUCCCUUGACCGUGAUUCGUGGGCUGAAGCUCGUAUUGAGCUUGAAAAUGCAGGAAACGGUGAACAUCUCAAGAAAAUCGACGGUGGUCUAUUCGCUAUUUGCCUCGAUGAUUUGAAAACGGAGGAACACAAACGACUUGUUCAAUCUCUUCUAAUUGGUGACGAUGCUCGUAAUCGUUGGUUCGAUAAGUGCUUUCAAACUAUCAUUGAUGCCAAUGGUCAAGCCACAAUCAACUUUGAGCACUCUUGGGGAGAUGGAGUAGCUGUUCUCCGUUUGAUGGAGGAGUCUUUCAAAGACACCAACAAGAAUCACUUUGUUUCUCCAGAUGACAAACCAAAGUCACAUAAUCCUGCUCACGUGGAAGCUUUGAACUUUAAACUAACUGAUUCCCUUAAAGCAAGAAUUCAAGAGGCUCAAAAGACUCACGUUUCGGCUAAUUCAGAUCUUGAUUUUGCAACUAUGGAGUUUGAAGGACUUAAUAGAGAUCUUAUCAAAAAAACCAAACUCUCACCGGACUCUGUAAUGCAAUUGGCUAUUCAAAUGGCAUUCUACUCCCUCUACAAGGAGUUCGUACCAACUUAUGAAUCUUGUUCAACCGCUGCGUUCCUGAAGGGAAGAACGGAGUGUAUGAGAUCUGCGACCGCUGCAACUCGAACUGCUACACUUGCUAUUCUUGAAGAGAAUCGCAAAGAUGUUCGACAACUUUUGUCCGACUGUUCCAGUCAGCACUUCCAACUCGUCAAAGAAGCUUCAAUGGGUCAAGGCUACGAUCGUCAUUUGCUCGGUCUCAAAAUCACUGCACAACGUUUAAGUCAGCCAAUUCCUGACUUCUUCCAAGAUCCAGGAUACGCCAGAAUGGGACAUUUCGUUUUGUCUACAAGUACAUUGUCUACUGAAACAAUUGUAUUCGGAGGCUUUGGACCCGUUGUUCCAGAUGGAUUUGGUAUUGGGUAUAAUGUAGUUGCAAGCAAGUUGGGAGCUGUCAUUUCCAGCAAUAAGUCAAAACGAGAUGCAGCUGCUUUCUCAAACGCUCUUUACAAGAGUUUGGAUAUUCUUCGUGGACAUCUUCUCGAGUCGAAGUAA